CUGUAAAUUAGUUUUCCAACUCUUGUUUUUGGAUAUGGUAUAGUAUGGUGAUGGUAUAAAGGGAAAUGCAUUGAAAUUUCUUGGAAAAUAUUUUUUUACUUAUAUUAAGGUCUUAACCUCACUGUGAGACUUAAUUGUUAGAUGCCAAGUAUUGCAGUUAAAAACAUUCACAGACUUUUGAUGACUCUGUACACAGCGCAUCCACCAGGUCAAGCCAUAAAAGCUACGCAGUUUCCUUGCUUAGAGCUAUACAACAACACCUGUCCUGUAUUGGCCUGCUUGGCUUGCAUGCCUGGUGUCACAGAAAGCAGGCAAUUUUUUAGGCGACUGAUUGGAUCCAUGGGAUGGGCAGCCAAUAUAUGGAGCUUAAUAGCUCUCAUUCUGUUCAUAUGUACAGCAUGGAUAAGUGUUGAAGCAGUAAAUAUUGCUGUUUAUUGCAAAAACAAGAUUGGUCUGUUUGCCAGCCCUGAUGGUUGUGACAAGUAUGUAGUGUGUUUCAAUGGCUUGGGUUGGCAGCAGCCAUGUUUAGAUGGACUCCAUUUUGACAAGACAACGAAAGUGUGUACAUUUGCAAGCACUGCAGGUUGCCAAGUACCAGCUCCAGCAGUGGAGGUCAAGGCUGUGCCAACACUACCUCCUGCAACAACAACAACAACAACAUUGACAACUGUUACAGAACCAAAGACAGUAGAUGAAAUCCUCACCCAGAAUACUAACAUAAACAGCAGUAACUACUACAAGUAUAGUGAGAAUGAAAAUGGUAACCUGGAUGAAAAAAGUGCUGCACAGUUUGAAAAACAAGACGAUGAACUUUCUGACAUUGUUUUAAAUGACCAUCAAGGAACUCAUGGGUCUUUCUCAGGCCAAGAUAGUUUACAAAACAUUCCACAUCCAGUGACAAGCUUUUCUUUGCAAACGUCACCUUUUUCUGCUCAUCAGACAAUUAAUGGCAAGCCACAUUUUUUACACCCAGCAGCAAAAGUUUCAAUAGAGCCAGUAGGCUUUAUUGGCUAUCCAGCUCAGCUUGUACAUAACUGGAAUACAAUUGAUCACCAAUACAGGGUUGUUCAUGGAUCACAAUAUAACCCAAAAAAUAUAGAAAUAUAUCCUACUAACAACAAUGGUGGUGGAGGUGGUGGUCACAGAUAUAACCCAAGACCUCUUGCAUCAAGCAGCUUUCUACCAAAACAUUCAGACCCAGGAGGACAGCUGCAUCCAUUUGAACAAGGAGGAGCACAUGUAGGGCCAGGAACAAAUAGGCAAGAAGGAGAUAUUGAGAGACACCAUGGAGGCAUAAAUAACCCACAAAGGGACAUAAAUAGACCACAUAGGGGCAAAAAUAGACCACAUACAAAUAAACAUAGGUCUCGGAGCAGCAUAAAUCAUACUCCCAGAGGCACAAAUAGACCUUACAGAGGCAGAAACAGACAUGGCCCCCAUUCUAAAAGACCACCUCCUGAGGUGUUCCAGCCCCCUGAAAAUCUGAAAGGUGGUUUUGGUGGUCAAGACCAAUAUAAUCCACCCAGUAUACCUGUGUUGAAGGAUAUGUUCAAUCUACCUGUGACACCUCCUUUUGGACCCCCACCUCACCCAGACUUUGUGGGGCCACUGAUAGAUUUUGGGAGACCCAUUCAUCUUUUGUUUAAUGGUGAAGAGUUGGUGUCAGAAGCCCAGAGGCAAUUGGAUGCUGCUGCCAGGGAGUCCAGACUAUACUUGGACAGUAAACUGGCAGAUGAGGCCGAGAGGGUUAGGUCAGGAAGAGGAUUUGUGGAUUCCAAGUCUUACCAGUAUGUGUCUGCCUUCAGCAAUGCCAAACCAUAUGUGAAACAGUUGUCUUUUGUGGCUGACAUUCUGCUACAAACAUGCAGGAUUAUCAAGGAGAGGUUCCACAUUGACAGAAGCCAAAUAUUAGAUGUGAUGACAAGGAUCCCCAGCCCAAUCCCACCCAACCCCAAUGUCCACCUUCCUGACACCCCAUUAUCCAGACCAAGUAGGGAUGUGUGUCCAUACCCCAAGAACUUCCAGUGUGAUGACCAGUACCGUUACAGGUCAUUUGAUGGGUGCUGUAACAACCCUCAGUACCCAGGUUAUGGCCGCGCUAUGAUACCUCAUGCUAGGCUGGUGGCUCCACAGUAUGGAGAUGGUGUUGAUACCCUGAGAAGAGCCAAGAAUGGGCAGGAACUGCCAAGUGGACGUGAAGUGAGCCUCCGUCUGUUCCAGGAUAUAAACAGACCCAGUAAUAUCAAUACCUUGAUGGUAAUGACCUUUGGACAGUUUGUUGACCAUGACUUGAGCCGCUCAGCUGCAACCAAAAUAUCAGUAGAAGCAAGUGGGUUGGGGAAGAUGGAAGAAGUUAAGUGUGGUUCUGAUGGAUGUGAAACAGGACAGAAAGGACUGGAAGCUUGUGUACCUAUAAAGAUUCCAGCAGGUGACCCAGACUUUGGUAAUAAGAGGUGCCUAAAGUUUGUGCGAACACAGGAGGUGCCAGCCUUGGAGUGUGGCUUUGGAUUUAGGGAACAGUUAAACCAGAUUACAUCUUGGAUAGAUGCUUCACAGGUCUAUGGGAGCAGCAAGGAAGAAUCUGAUUCUAUAAGAGAAUUUUCUGAUCCAAGACGUGGGCGAAUGAAGCUGACCCCUCACCCACAUGGAGCCUCUUACAAGUGGCUUCUCCCAAAAGAUGAUGUGGACCUCUGCAGAGAUGUGAAUUCAACUAUUAAAUGUUUUAUGGCAGGUGAUGAGCGUGUAAAUGAGCAAGCUGCCCUAACUGCCAUGCACACCAUCUGGGUACGUGAGCACAACCACAUAGAGGACAUGCUCUUCACCAUGAAUCCCCACUGGGGAGGAGAGAAGCUCUUCCAGGAAACCAGGAGGAUUAUUGGGGCUAUGAAUCAGCAUAUCAUUUUCAAUGAGUUAUUACCAGUGAUUCUGGGGAAAGAUGUUAUCAGAAGAGAAGGCUUGGAGUUGCAAGAUACUGGGUAUUAUGGAGGUUAUAAUCCUGCAGUAGACCCAGGCAUACCAAAUGCAUUUGCCACAGCUGCUUUCCGUUUUGGUCACACUCUGAUCCAGGACAUCCUCCCAAGGGCCAACAGGGACCACUCCAUCACAGACAGGAUCAUGCUGAGUAGUGCUUUCAGGCGUCCCGUUCAUAUCUAUGAUAGCUACCGUGGUGGUGUUGAUUCCAUUAUUACUGGGAUGUGUGACAUGCCAGCACAGACUUAUGACAGAUUCUUCACUAAACAAGUCACCAGACAUCUUUUUGCUGAGACACCACCUUUUGGACUGGGCAUGGAUCUAACAGCCUUAAAUAUACAGAGAGGCAGAGAUCAUGGGAUACCAGGUUACAAUUUCUACAGAAAGUUCUGCGGUCUCAGAUAUGCUCAUAGCUUUGAAGACUUUACCUCAGAUUUUGCUGAUGCCAGCGUGAUUCAAGAAUUAAAGAAACUGUAUAAGCACCCAGAUGAUGUGGACCUUUUUGUUGGUGGCAUCCUGGAGACUUCUGUACCUGGAGGCAUCGUUGGUCCAACCUUUGCUUGUAUCAUUGCUAGAACCUUCAAAAAUGUAAGAGAUGGGGAUAGGUUUUGGUAUGAAAACCCAAAUGCAGAAGGAUUUACCCCAGCACAGCUUCAGGAGAUCAGAAAAAUAUCUCUUGCUAGGGUGGUUUGUGAUAAUUUGGACAACAUUGACACCAUCCAGCCCUUCAUCUUACUUCAGCCCUUCAAGGCUGCUUUUGAAAACUUUGAUGUUGAGCGUCCACUAUUUGAUGAAGGUGACUUUUACCACAAACCUUAUGGAAGAAAUUAUAAUUUCUAUAAACCUCGCCAACAUUUCCAUAAACCCGCUGCCUCCAAGGCCGGCAUCCCUCAGACAUUAUUCAGGAAACUGUACCAGGGGGAUUUCAACAAGAGGGUGUCCUGCAAUCAGAUACCAUAUGUGGACCUGACUGUGUUCAUGGACACAUUUUUCAAAAAAUAGUCCUACAUUAAAAAGAGAUAUAACAGCUGAUGAGGCCAAUCAUGAAUCCUCUCUGCCCCAUGCAGUAUUUAUAUAUUGAAACCAGUUAUACACACAGGCAUAUGGGAGCUGCAAAAUAGUUAAGGAAAUGUGAAAGGCUCACAGAACCACAGGGAUCAAGAUAUUGUCGGCAAUCUGUAAAGGCUUUCUGCAUUUGAAAGAUGCACAGCAUGGUACAUAGGGUAUUUCCAUACUGCUGUCAGAUAAAAUUUACCUUUCAGACAUAUCAUUUUAUUUUGCAAUUUUUUAUUGAAAGCAGUGAGUGUUUAUCAAAUCAUUUUGCUGUUUUCAACUCGCUAAAGUUAUUUGGUGCAGAAAUACCAGGAACAUCAUUCACAGGACAGUUUUGAUCAAAUAUUGUCAUAUCCUUCUUUGGAGAAAAACUACUAUCAUAAAGGUAAAUCUUAUUCUUUUGGACACCAGAAACAUGAUUUGUAAAGUAAAUUUAUCUGAAAUCAAAUGGCUAUUGUCGGAAGUAAUCUUUAUUUAAAAAAGCUUGGUGGAGGUGCUAAAAACAAGUACUGUGAAAUAGUUUUAGAAAAAAUAUUUGGAAUAAAGGCUUUGAAAAUUGAAAA